AUGAUCGACCGAUCAUGGUCAUGGGCACGAUCCCAUGGCUUGGUCCGGGAGAACAGUGUGCACGGCGAAGAAGAGGCACGCUUGGUGCUUGUGGAUUCUUUCCACAACGAAAAUGAGCGGGGUGAGAUGAGAAACCUGAGGGGUGAAGGCGAAGUGGAGGAUGCUGACGGUGCCCUGCUGGAUUCGGAAGGGUUGGUGGAUCCCGCCGUGGAGGGGGGAGAUACAGCCCAUGACCCCUCUGACCCAAAGACUGAGCAAGCGGCGGCUGCAGCAGCAGCUGCUGCCUCUGGCAACAGCAAGUUGCGAGAUUGCAGUUUUAUAUGCCAGAGUUGCACAUGGAAUAGGAUGGCGAAAGAGAUCGAGAAGUUGGUCAAGUCCUUGAAUGAUAAGUACGAUGCCCUUAGCCAGAAGCAAGCUGACUACCUGUCUAUGGACACCUCUCAGUCUCUCGAGACAAAGAAGAAGGAUUUGAUGGCCUUGUUUGCUGAGAUCACUAAGGAUGAUGUCACGCUCAACAAUUAUAUCAGCAGAAGCAAGAACAUCAAGGCUCCGGCAUCCUCGACGUCGACGCCUCCACCUCGCACCAAGCCAGCGAAGUCGAGCAAGGGUAAGAAGGAGAAGGCCUUGGCUUUGCCCAACCGGAAGCAGAAACCAGAGGCCUGCAGCGCUGGCUGUUUGGGUGACUUCCCUGACGGUCUAGUGGAUCUCCAUCAAGUUCAGAUGAGGAUGACUUGGCCGACGCUCUUUUACAGGCAUUCCUACACGACCCGGCUUUUGGCAACCCUGAUGCCUGCAAAUUGGUACGCCAAGAAGGAUGCCACCAUCAGUGGGAUUUUUUUGGAAGCCUUGGCCAAUGACUUGACGCGUCUGUUUGAAUCCGGCGUCACUUGCGUAAGUGGAGAAAUGGUCACCUGGUACGCUGGGUACAUUGCCUGCAAGGGUGACUGGCCUUGGUUGCGGAAAGCUUACUCACUCAGCACUGGCUUUCGGAGUUCCCGCAUUUGCCAUUUGUGUGAGGGGACUGAACCUCAGCGAAUACUUUAG